AUGAAAACAGUUUUGGACAGCAUAGUCGGAACUUACGUAAUGAAGAUAGGAAACGAAUAUAGGGUGAUACAUGACCAAAUGUUUGAUUUUAUGUGCUGCUAUUUUGAUUACAAGGAUCCAAUGAUCAGAUGUAUAUUACGUUAUUCAGACAUUCGAGUUUUCAAUCAACGAACACAGCUAGAAUCUAUUAAUGAACAACAUGGCAAAUUUACUAUAAUGAUAUCAAAGAAGCAUGAAAAAGAAUAUUAUGAGAGAAUAAAGAAUGAGAUACAACUUGGAAAGAUGAAUCAAUGUUUCUAUAAUACACAAAUGAAGUAUGAAGUUUAUAGAACUUCUUUCCUCAAAACAUUAAAGUCGAUAGACGACACGGUUUUUAAUCGAUUAAACGUUACAAAUGCAGAUUCAAUUGAAACAAUGGCAUUUGAAGAUUGUUCAGAUGAUGAAUAUCAGCAUGAUUGUUGUGAUUCUGAUGAUUAUGAGGAUGAUAAUGACGAUGAUGAAGGACCUUUUAUAAAAUCAUGCUUACGAGGAUAUUAUGAUAUAGUUCAAUACUUUAUUUCUAAAAGUGUUGAUAGAAAGAGUUGUGACUCGAUUCAUUCACCUCUGACUGCUGCCUGUAAGGGAGGAAAUGAGAAGAUAGUACAGUUACUUAUAGACAAAGGAUGUGAUGUUAACCAGGUUGAUUUUUUGGACAACACACCCCUGACUGCUGCCUGUAGUAGAGGAAAUGAGGAGAUAGUACAGUUACUUAUAUGCAAAGGAAACAAUGUUAACCAGGCUUAUGGUAGGGGAUAUACACCUCUGACUACUGCCUGUCGUGGAGGAACUGUGGAGAUAGUAAAAUUACUUAUAGACAAAGGAAGUGAUGUUAACAAGGUUGAUUAUAGGGGAUAUACACGUCUGACUGCUUCCUGUAUUGGUAGAAAUGAGGAGAUAGUACAGUUACUUAUAGACAAAAGAAGUUAUGUUAACCAGGUUGAUGGUAGUGGAAAUACACCUCUGACUGCUAGCUGUUUAAAAGGAAAUAAGAAGACAGUACAGUUACUUAUAGACAAAGGAAGUGAUGUUAACCAGGUUGAUGAUAGGAGAUAUACACCUCUGACAGCUGCCUGUAAGGGAGGAAGAAAUGAAAAGAUAGUACAGUUACUUAUAGACAAAGGAAGUGAUGUUAACCAGGUUGAUGGUAUGGGAUAUACAUCUCUGACAGCUGCCUGUAAGGGAGGUAAUGAAAAGAUAGUACAGUUACUUAUAGACAAAGGAAGUGAUUUUAACCAGGUUGAUGGUAGGAGAUGUACACCUCUGACUGCUGCCUGUAGUUGGAGAGAUGCGAAGAUUGUACAGUUACUUAUAGAAAAAGGAAGUGAUGUUAACCAGGUUGAUGGUAGGAGAUAUACACCUCUGACUGCUGCCUGUAUUACUGGAAAUACAAAGAUAGUACAGUUACUUAUAGACAACGGAAGUGAUGUUAACCAGGUUGGUGUUAGUGCAUAUACACCUCUGAUUGCUGUCUGUAUUUAUGAAAAUACACAGAUAGUACAGUUACGUAUAGACAACAGAAGUGAUGAUAACCAGGUUGGUCGUAUGGGAUAUACACCUCUGAGUGCUGCCUGUAUUAGUGGAAAUGAGAAGAUAGUUGGUUAUAUAGGAUGUACACCUCUGACUGCUGCCUGUAGUGGAAAAAAUGAGAAUAUAGUACAGUUACUUAUAGACAACGGAAGUGAUGUUAAACAGUUUGGUAGUAGUGGAUAUACACCUCUGACUGCUGCCUGUAGAGAACUGAGAAGACAGUACAGUUACUUAUAG